AUGUAUCCAGGUUCCAGAAACUACAGUUAUAGAAACAAUAACUAUAAUAAUUCUAAUGAUAGAUAUGAGAGGUCUGAUUACCCCCCUCCACAACAACAGUAUGCAAGACCACCUGUCCCGCCACCAGGAUUUGUGAACCAUCGCGAUAAUAAUGGUUACUCUAGACCACCUUCACGUCCACCAAUGCAGCAACCCAAUAAGGGCUAUCAAAGUUAUGAAGAUAAUGGAUAUUAUCCAACACUAAAUAACCCACCACAUUCCAUUUCAAAUCCACAAUAUGAAAAUGCUCCAUCUCACUACUCCCAACCAACAUAUUUACAAGCACCACCACAAGAAGCACAAUCAUACAGUGUUAAUCAAACCAAUCAACAAUUUAGUUACUCCCAAUGUACUGGACGUCGUAAAGCCUUAAUUAUUGGUAUAAAUUAUUUUGGUUCAAAGAAUGAGUUACGUGGAUGUAUUAAUGAUGCGCAUAACAUUUUUAACUUUUUAACUACUAGAUACGGAUAUUCUGCAGAUGAUAUUGUCAUAUUGACUGAUGACCAACAAAACAUGGUCUCUGUACCCACUAGAGCCAAUAUGAUUAGAGCUAUGCAGUGGUUGGUCAAAGAUGCUCAACCUAACGAUUCCUUAUUUUUCCACUAUUCUGGCCACGGUGGAUUAACUAAGGAUCUUGAUGGUGAUGAAGAGAGUGGAUACGAUUCUGUUAUUUAUCCUGUGGAUUUUGAAAUCAAUGGACAUAUCGUAGAUGAUGAAAUGCAUGAAAUUAUGGUUAGACCAUUAUCACAAGGUGUAAGACUAACUGCUCUAUUUGAUUCGUGUCAUUCUGGUAGUGUCUUGGAUUUACCGUAUUGUUAUUCUACCAAAGGUGUAGUCAAGGAACCUAACAUGUGGAAAGAUGUUGGAUCUGGUGGGUUACAAGCAGCAAUGGCAUAUGCUACUGGGAAUAGAGCAGCUUUAAUCAGUUCGUUAACUAGUAUUGCUGGUGUUGUAAAGAACUCAAUGACUAAUAACGUGGACAGAGACCGUGUAAGGCAGUACAAAUUUUCUGCAGCUGACGUUGUCAUGUUUUCAGGUUCAAAAGAUGACCAAACCUCUGCUGAUGCAGUUGAAGACGGUAAGAAUAUCGGUGCUAUGUCAUGGGCAUUUAUCACAGUAUUGACUCAACAACCUCAGCAAUCUUAUUUAUCACUUUUACAAAACAUGAGACAAGAGUUAUCUGGUAAAUAUACUCAAAAACCACAGCUAUCGGCGUCACAUCCAAUGGAUGUAAACUUACAAUUUAUAUUUUAA